ACAGUAACGGUGAACUGGUACCGUUGGAACAGUGGCAUCUAAGCUGUGAUGUUGCUACCACAAAACAACAAAAUGGUGCAGCAAGAAGCCUCAUUUAUGGGACAGAAUGCGCAGCAAUAAAGCUGCUUCAAUGGUGGAAAGAAAGAUGCAGCAACAUGUUAGUGGAAAUAUGAGAGAGUUGGAGAACAAUUUCUCCUCUCCUCCCGGUUAGGUGAAUGUCUCUGCCCCUUCCAAGUUUAUGUUCUAUACCAUGUUCUAAGUUCUACCCUUCGCCUACUCUCCUCCAAGUCCUCUCUCAACCCCUUCUUCUUACCUCAAAAAUCUAAUAGGUACAAUCUUCAAUACACCAAAUCAUCAUUAAGAUACUCUUUCCUUAAUGGUUGUUCAUGGCUCCACCCCACUGUGACCUGGAAUUCUUCAAUGCAACAAAUUAACAGUUGUUACUAAUAUUUCUCUUGCACAUAUCUAAGACCAUAACUUUGGCAGGUACGCAACACAAAACGCAAGCCACAGUAGUUACCUUAAGGUAAAACAAGAACAGCAAUUUUUUCAUUGGAUAAAAGGAAAGAUGGGUCUGCAGGUGUUAUCUUUUGUAGAAAUCCAGCUAGAAGUUUAAGGGAUGCAUGUAAUUUCAAAAGGAGUUUAAAGCUGGGAUGUGUGAGAUGAGAACGGGAAGACUUAUCUGUUGAUGUGGGGAUUUCAAGAUUAAGGAAGCAUAUUUGUAUUUUGGAUGUAAAGAUUGAAGUACCUUUGUACUCCUUUAAUAAUAAUUAUAAUUUGUU